AUAGCAGCCAGAGCUUAGUGUUCCGUUAGCAGCAGGGGGAUUAGUUGCACAGCUACAGACAGACAGGCAGCCCUGCGGCGCGGAGACCCUCUGGCACCCACCCACUGUAUGGGGAGACGCUGAACGAGCCAGGACACAAGUCAGACAGAGAGAUCUCAGCAGCAGCAGCCACCAUGCCAAAAACUAUCAGUGUACGUGUGACCACCAUGGAUGCUGAGCUGGAGUUUGCCAUCCAGCCCAACACCACGGGAAAACAACUCUUUGACCAGGUUGUGAAAACCAUCGGUCUUCGAGAAGUCUGGUUCUUUGGGCUACAGUACCAGGACACAAAGGGUUUCUCCACAUGGCUAAAGCUCAACAAAAAGGUGACAGCCCAGGAUGUUCGGAAAGAUAGCCCGCUUCUCUUCAAGUUCCGUGCCAAGUUUUACCCCGAGGAUGUGUCUGAGGAGCUGAUCCAGGACAUCACCCAGAGGCUUUUCUUCCUACAAGUGAAGGAGGGGAUCCUAAAUGAUGAUAUUUAUUGCCCCCCAGAGACUGCAGUGCUGCUUGCAUCAUAUGCCGUGCAGGCAAAGUAUGGAGAUUACAACAAAGAAUGCCAGAAGCCAGGCUACUUAUCAGGGGAUAAGCUUCUUCCACAGAGAGUUCUGGAGCAGCAUAAGCUCUCAAAAGACCAAUGGGAGGAGAGAAUCCAUGUUUGGCAUGAGGAGCACCGUGGAAUGCUAAGGGAGGAUGCUAUUUUGGAAUACCUGAAGAUAGCGCAGGACUUGGAGAUGUAUGGUGUCAACUACUUCAGCAUCAAAAACAAGAAAGGCUCAGAGCUUUGGCUUGGCGUGGAUGCUCUCGGCCUGAACAUCUAUGAACAGAAUGACCGGUUAACACCAAAGAUUGGCUUUCCAUGGAGUGAAAUCCGAAACAUUUCUUUCAACGACAAGAAAUUUGUAAUCAAACCAAUUGACAAGAAAGCUCCUGACUUUGUGUUUUAUGCUCCACGAUUACGGAUAAACAAGCGGAUAUUGGCCCUCUGCAUGGGGAACCAUGAGUUAUACAUGCGCCGCCGAAAACCCGAUACCAUCGAAGUGCAGCAAAUGAAGGCCCAAGCACGAGAGGAGAAGCACCAGAAGCAGAUGGAGAGGGCUCUGCUGGAGAAUGAGAAGAAGAAGAGAGAAUUAGCAGAGAAGGAAAAGGAAAAGAUUGAGCGGGAAAAGGAGGAGCUGAUGGAACGCCUAAGGCAGAUUGAGGAUCAGACAAGGAAAGCACAAGAAGCUUUGGAGGAACAGACCCGAAAAGCUCUGGAGCUGGAGGAUGAGAGGAGACGAGCCCAGGAAGAGGCAGAGAAGCUUGCAAGGGAGCGCUUAGCUGCGGAGGAAGCAAAGGAAGCCCUGCUGAAGCAAUCUCAGGACCAGAUGAAGAACCAGGAGCAUUUGGCUGCUGAACUGUCUGCACUGACUGCCACAAUCAGCCAACUGGAAUUUGCUCGACAGAAGAAGGAACUGGAAGCCCAGGAGUGGCAGGAUAAGGCUCACAAUGUGCAAGCUGAUCUGGAGAAGACGCAGGAGGAACUGAAGCUGGUGAUGACCACACCCCAUGUACCGGAGCCUGUGCACGCUGAGAACGAGCACGAUGACGAGGACAAUGAGAAUAACGCAGAAGCCAGCGCCGAACUUAAAUCUGAAGCAAUGAUCAAGGACCGAAGUGAAGAAGAUCGCACCACAGAAGCAGAGAAGAACGAGAGAGUGCAGAAACACCUGCUGCUAUUAAGCUCUGAGCUAGCCAAUGCCAGAGAUGAAACAAAGAAAACUGCCAAUGACCUCCUCCAUGCUGAGAACGUGCGCGCAGGAAGGGACAAAUACAAGACUCUCCGCCAGAUCCGCCAGGGCAACACCAAGCAGCGUAUAGAUGAAUUUGAAUCCAUGUAACACCCUAUAACCUCCCCGUCCAUUCCACACAUCUGUGUCUUUCCUUUCCAUGGCUCAGCUGGAACCGCCACUCAAAUGAGUCGGGGCCUAAUGCCGUACAAUCAUAGGCCUUUAAGAUGUGAACCAGUCUUUCUCUUGUGCAGGAAGGUAUCAAAUCCACCUUAUUUUUUUGUAAUCUAGGUAGUUCGGUGCAUAUUGAACAGGGGGCUAUGGAAAGGCCUCUACUCCUCUCCUGCAGUACAAGGGUUCAGAAAAUGAACCUCCAUGUUUUCCCAUUUACUGUCACUUUUAUUUAGACCAAUGGGAUUUGCAUGUGCCAGGAUUCUGCCAUUCCAUGAACCAUAAUCAGAAUACGAAUUCAGAUCUCUCCGCUGGGUGCCUGAAAUCUUCCUGUUUGCACAAUGUUUAUUUCAUAAUAAAUGAACGGGGGUGACUUUACAUGCCGCCCUUCCCCCCGCCCCAGUUACUUGAUCUGCCGCAGCAGAUUUUUGUGGGUGUUUUUCAGAUGCCAGGUGCCUUAACCAGAAAAAUAAAGGGCCAGUAACCAAUAAAUACACUGUAAUGAACUGAUAUAUAUUUAAUAUAUAUUUUUUUCUUUCGACGUGCAAACAGUUGUAACAUUUUGAGACAUAAUGUAAAAAAGAGAGAGAGCAGUCCAUAAUUAUAUAUAAAUAUAUAUAUGAAAGAGAAAGUUCAUUUAGAUUAUUUUAUGUGGGUGACCGCCCUUGGCCACAGGCCGAUCCUUCCAGUGUUCACAUGUGCACAGGUCUUUGACCUCACCAAGUGCCAGUAACUAGUCACCUUUGAUCCUGGUAAGGUUACACAGUAACCCUCUCAAUUUUUAACCCUUCGCUGCUGGAGAGCGCACGAGUGCUUUGUCUUGGUGGUUCAAGUUCCACGCUGGCACCUCCUUUCUCCCUCUGCCAGUAUUAUAUAUUCCUGUGAUAAAUCUAAUAUUUUGAUUUUUUUUUUCUAGCUCUGCACAGUUUAGUAAAUAGUACAUGGAAGAGGCAAAGAGUUCUUAUGGGAAGCAAAACAAAACUGUAUACUGUAUUAUAAUAAAAAAAGAGGUUAUUUUGGGACAGUAUAGUGUUCAAGCAAAAAAAAGAAAAAAAAAAAGAUUUCAGUAUUAAACUUGAGAUUUCUAGUAUUUUUUAUUUGACAAAUGACUUUAACCUUUUCAUUCCUGGUUAUAUGGUUCCCCCCCUUCCCCCAAACCAAAGUGUUAUAUAUAUAUUAUUAUUUUUCUUCUACUGCUGUAAAUUAUGUUGUGGGAUGUUAACAGCAGAGAGAGGUCAGCAUGUGGGGUUCUUAUCCUACUAACCCAGUGCACAGACUCAUUGAAAAAAAAUCUGUGUUUUGUUUGUUAUUUUCGUUUUCCCUUUUUUUUUUUUUUUUGUUUUGGCUGAACUUGUUUUGUUCUUCCUGUGCCAAUAAAGUAUACAAAUGUGGAUGUUUA